AUGACGAAGGGAAAGUCUGACAACACGCUAUGGAAGAUAGAUCUCUUGGAAAACAAGUUCCUUGGGAGCAAACCCCGGUAUAAGCUGACUCUGAAGCUUUUGGCGGCCAAGGACAACAAAAAGCUCAUGAAGAAAAUGCCUUCUACUAAGGCCGAUGCUCAGGCUCAAAUUCUUGACAUGAAAACAGGUGUUUUCGGACGAAAGUACCACGGGGCACUUGUCAAGUUACGCUCGGAGGUAAAGAAGACUGUCAAGGCUGACUUGCAUAAGUUGGGAAAAAAGGCCGAUGAGAACAAACAGGUAUUAGAGUUUUUACAAAAUGACAACUUGAUCGAAGAUAUGGUUGUUUCGAAAGUCAUUCGGAUUCUUCAAGCAGCCGUUUUGAACAACAAAACGGCUCGAGAGAAUCCACCAAAGUUUAUUGAUCCACAGGUUUUGCAAGUUAUUGGAGAUAAACAACAUCUGUCCAAUCCCACUAAAUUUUUCAAGGAUCACUGUCAGAAUAAUAAGGAAUUACACAAGUACGUCUCGAGCCUUUGGAACUUGAAGGGGAUGAAACUUGUAUUGGCUGAAAUCGAGUGGUCGUUUAGGCUAGUGAGAGGUAACUUGACGGAACAGGAAAUCAACAAUAGGAGGACUGCCACCGGAAAGAGCAUAAAGAAAGAUAACGAUGAAAACAGCGACAGUGAAGAUGACGGAAGUGACGAUGAUAGCGGUCUGGAUACCGAAGAUGAAAACGAUGAAUCAGCUCCCGCUGAUUUCGAGAAGUUUGCGGUGUAUGACAAUUUGGUUGUAGAUUCAGAUCAAGAAGAUGAGGGUCCACAGCUUGAUCCCAAGAUCAAUUACAAUGAAGUAACAGACGAAGAACCUUCUGAGGAGUCUUCUGGCGAUGAUACAUCUGGUAGUGAUGUUGAAGAUGUUGUGGACAACAAGAAGACCAAAUCCACUAAAAAGCCUAAAGAUGAUUUCUUUGCAUCGGAUUCGGAGUCCGAUUCAGAAGAUGCACAAUCAGUCGAGAAAAAGUACAAUCUUCCAGAAUUAACGACCGGGUAUAUAUCUGGAGGCAGCGAUGAUGAAGGUGAUUUUCAAGUUGAUGAUGAUAGAGUCGUCAAGCAAGUCACUUCCCAACGUAAAAACAGAAGAGGUCAAAGAGCCAGACAAAAAAUAUGGGAACAAAAGUACGGCAAAACCGCCAAACACAAACAAAAGGAGCUGGAGGCUUACGAGAACGAUAAGAAACGUCGACAAUCAGAAUUCGAAGAAAGAGAACAAAAAAGACGUUCCAGAGCCCAAGAAGCCUUAGAAAAUGCUCCUUCAGGCUCGAAUCUUACACCAAUAGGACGCAAACAACAAGACAAGCCAAAGAAGGAAGAACAUCCAUCCUGGAUAGCCAAGAAGAAGGAAGAAGAGAAGUUGAAGAACUUAAAGUUCACCGGGAAAAAGAUAACGUUCGAUUGAAUAUCUAUAAACGGGAAUAAUCAAUCUUGAAAGACUUCUGGAUAUCACUUUGGCUCAUCUUUUGACAUGAAAGCGGAGAACUCACUUGGAUAUGGUACUCACAUUUUUCUGGCUCUGCAAUAGACAAUACUUGUUGGUCAUCACCACAGAUAAACUCAAUCACUGCCAGUCUUAGAGGUCCGUUCCAGCACCGAUGGCCAUUGAUGUAGUAUAGUUUCCCAUCUUUAUAAUGUGAAUAGACUCCUAACAAGUUACCAUCCUGGUAUACCUGGUUAAGUAAGCCAACCUUAUAUUCGUAGCCUCCUAUGUUGGUAUUAACCCAUUUUCCCACCAAAGCUCGAAGAAUGUCAUCAGGGCCAUAGUCAGCUGCCAAAUCAGCUUCGAGGGUUUCGAUGUUUUUGUUCAAUGUGCUGAUUCCCUUUCUAGUGGAGUCUAUCUCCACGUCCAAACCUUCGGGGGUCUUGAUGUGCUUGAGAACCAAUUGGUCGACGGCCUCCGCAUCAAACAAGCGGAAUAUCUUUGUGAUGUAGUAGUGAAUCAUGUUGCCAAAUGUGGGCACUGUGUGGUCGAAAGUUUCAGGGGAACUGUAAUGGGAUUCUCCAACCAUCACCGUCUUGGCAUACUCGUUGAGCUGCUCGAGAUCGGAAGAGAUACCACUCACGUCAUCAGAAUCUUCCUUAUUAGCAAGGUAGUCUUGAAACUUGUUAACAGCCUCUUUGACAGCUGCAUCAUUGAAAUUGGGGUUGUAGUUGGUGAGUAAGUUAUGCAAAAUGGCCUCCAACUUCUUAGCUCUUUGGGAAGUGGAAGCGUGAGUCGCUUCUAAAUCAGCAGCCUUCUCUGCAACCUUAUUGGUGUACAGUGAUAUUUCGUCGUAGACCAGGAGCUCUUGCGUUCCCACAAAGCCAUGGGCCUGUGCUUCUUCAAGUUGUGUAAGU